CGCCGCUGACAGCUCACCUCCUCACACACUCUUGUUGCUCUUUCAACAUUUUUGCUCUCUCUGACAUUUUCACCGGAUCCCUCACGCACACCAGGUCACAAAUACUGCGAUCAAGCGGCAAACCCAGACCCGUCCUCUGGUCGCAAAAGAGAACUGAGAGAUUGCUGUUCACAUUGGAGCCAAAAUGUCUCUGAAAGUCCAGACGAGCAACAUUACCAACAAAAACGACCCCAAAUCUAUCAACUCACGCGUGUUUAUCGGUAACCUGAACACAGCGGUUGUGAAAAAGAGUGACGUCGAGACAAUCUUCUCCAAAUAUGGCCGUGUGCUGGGCUGCUCAGUUCACAAAGGCUACGCCUUUGUUCAGUACGCAAAUGAGAGGCAUGCCCGUGGUGCUGUCAUUGGAGAAAAUGGCCGUGUACUAGCUGGACAGACCCUUGAUACUAACAUGGCAGGUGAACCCAAACCUAACAGGCCUAAAGGACUAAAGAGAACUGCAGCGGCAUUAUACAGUGGUUAUGAAUUUGACUAUGAUUACUACAGAGAUGACUUCUAUGACAGACUGUUUGAAUUCAGAGGCAGAGUAUCACCUGUGCCCAGAGCCGUUCCAGUGAAGCGCCCCCGUGUGGCGGUGCCAGUUGUACGCAGGUUGAAGUCAUUACCUGUCAAACUCCUGGCCAGAUCUGCUAUCCUACCAAACAGUUCUGACAAACGCAAGUUGAAAUCUACCGAGCUGCAAGCUAUCAAAUCAGAACUGACUCAGAUCAAGUCCAACAUUGAUGCACUGCUGGGGCGUCUCGACCAAAUCACUGAAGACAAAUACUGUGCUGCAGCACUUCAAAAGGCAGAUGAAAUUAAGGGCGAACUGUCUCAGGACGAGUCGGGCUCAGAAUCAGAGGAUCUUCAGCACAGUGAUGUGGAGGAAGGAGAAGACCACACACACGAGGAGUGCGAUGAAUACAUGGAAAACAAUCACAUAUCUGAAAUGGACCCCAUUCUUCAAUAAAAGCAGGGAGCUGGAAAACACUGUCGACUAGAAACGUUUUAAUACCACAGACUCAGCGGGAACACACUGAAACCAAGAGGUGCCGUCAAAACUCCAGCAUCAGCUGUCAAUGUGACAAAGAGCUAAACUAGCUGUUCAGAGGGAGGGAGGUGGGCAAUGUCGCCCCUGAACCAGGAUUUAAUUACAAAAGGCCACAGUUCCUGAUCGGAACACAGCAUUGCACACAAGACAACAAAAGGGGAUCUACAGAUAUUCUGCAUUCAUGCUCCCCAAAAAACACAAUUAAUGAACCUUUUUUUCUAUACAUUUUGGCACCUAAUAUGUAAAUAUCCUCAUCCCCAUCCUUCUCUCCUGUCUGUUUGUGCUAUUCUACAAUGUUUUUCAUUUUAUUUAUAUGCCAGUCAGAAUCAGAAAGGUUGGCUAUUUUUAUUUACAUGUGCAAAUUUUUUCUGCUUGUACUUUCGAGACUUCAAGAGAUAUUUAGAGAUGUAAAUAAACUAU